GCCGGCGGCUGAGGGGAGGCGGCAGCAGCCAUGGCGGACUGCGAGAUGGGGUCGGUGCCCAAGGCGCCGCGGCAUCGAGAUGACUCCAAUGCCGGCCUUGGUGUGUGUGGAUGGAUUCUGGUGAUAAUUUCUUAUAUUUUCAUUCUCAUUACAUUUCCCAUAUCAAUUUGGAUGUGCAUCAAGGUUGUAAAGGAAUAUGAGCGAGCCAUCAUCUUCAGACUUGGACGCAUCUUAAAAGGCGGAGCAAAGGGACCGGGUUUGUUUUUUGUCCUGCCCUGCACAGACAGCUUCAUCAAAGUUGAUAUGAGGACCAUCUCUUUUGAUAUUCCACCCCAAGAGAUCUUGACCAAGGACUCUGUGACAGUUAAUGUAGAUGGAGUGGUUUAUUACAGAGUUCAGAACGCUACCCUUGCUGUAGCAAAUGUCACAAAUGCAGGCUCAGCCACGCGUCUUUUAGCACAGACUACCUUGAGGAAUGUUCUGGGGACCAAAAACCUCUCUCAGAUUCUCUCUGAUCGUGAAGAAAUUGCACACAGCAUGCAGGUUACGCUUGAUGACGCAACAAAUGACUGGGGCAUUAAGGUAGAACGUGUGGAGAUCAAGGAUGUGAAAUUACCUGUACAGCUGCAGAGAGCAAUGGCUGCAGAAGCAGAAGCUGCCCGAGAGGCAAGAGCUAAGGUAAUUGCAGCUGAGGGUGAAAUGAAUGCUUCCAGGGCCCUGAAAGAGGCAUCCAUGGUUAUCACAGAGUCACCCGCUGCUCUUCAGCUGCGCUAUUUGCAGACUUUGACCACCAUUGCUGCAGAGAAGAACUCCACCAUCAUCUUUCCAUUGCCCAUAGACAUGCUGAAGGGCAUCGUAAGCGCAAAAGGCUAGAGAGAUACAGUGGGAAGAAGGAAUUCUUUUUCUUUUGCUACAGUGAAUGUUUGCAGCACUGAAUUGUCUGUGUGUUACAGCUUAAGGCAAUGUUAGCAGAGGGGAUUUGUUGAUGAACCCUUUUGUUGUUGUUAUACUGUGAUAAAAAUGCAUAUGCAAUGUUUAUGAAUAUGGACAAUCAAAAUACUUGAAACUGAAAAUCUCUCCAAGUUAGUAAAAGCGGGCUGUGAUCUUAAAUAAACAUGUAUCCGUACUAUACUAGAUGUGAAAACUAUAUCCUAUAAUCUGUUAUAGGAUAUUAUACUAUAAUCUGUUCUAUAAUCCUAUUUUCAACAAGUAUAUAAAACCAUUUGUGGUGAAGAUAGGGAGAUGAUCCAACAUUUGGAAAGAGAAGUAUUCCUUUUAAUAAAAGGGUCUGUAGUCCUGUAAAGGAAGUGAAACACCUUUAACUGCACUCUCUUAGAGUGUAGCUAUAUGUGAUGAAGUCAUCUGGAUUGUUGUCAUAUGGAUUUGUUCUCUAGCUUACACUAGGAGAAAGAAGAUAAUUUGGCAUAGGAGUGAGAAUACUGGGUACUUCUAAAAGUCAGGCUCAUGCUCCCUAAGAUAGCCCCCAUUUGUGAGAAACCGUUAUUAGCCAAUGUUACUGAAAUGGAACUUUCCGUCUCUGUUUUGCCAUGCGGGAAGGCGUAGACAUGCUGUAGUUAAGGAUACAAUAUGCUUGCAGUUGCUGAUGGGCUGUUCAGUUGUUAGGGUGUUGCAUCAAUAUAGAUUUUUAACUCUUAGAAAAAAGUCACUGUGUCUGCCUUUAUCUGUACAUCUUCUCAAAAAAUGAUUAAAAGAAAAAUAACCAAA